AUGGCGAAGAUUAUGCCUCUGCCCGCAAAAGGGCUGAGUCUGCGAUUGAAGAUUCUUUCCGACGAGUUUUCAUCUUGGGCUGCCUACUUGCCUCGAUCGGUCACAGAGACAGAGACCACCGAAGCGUCUGCUACGCUCUCGGACUUCGUCGGCACGCAGGUCACAGGUCAUGUGUGGCAGCUUUCUCUGCGCCAACGAGGAAGCCGAGCUGUUCAGGAAGCCAUAGAACUAUGCAGCAUCGAUGCAGAGCGUGAGGCCAUCGCGAAAGAACUCCAUGGGCACAUCUGGGAGGCAGUGCGCUGUCCCCAUGCCAACUUCGUUGUGCAACGCCUGAUUGUUGCAUUGCGGCCUGGAGCUUGCCAGUUCAUCAUUGAUGAGAUAUUGCGGCCCGGCCCCAAAAGCAUCUGCUAUCUGGCGAGGCAUAAGUACGGCUGCCGGACUCUGCAACGCCUCCUGGAGCAUUGCAACCAUGUGCAGACGGCACCACUGGCCGAGGCAAUGCUGGCAGAGGUUGUGCCGCUGUCCAGACACCCUUACGGCAACUAUGUCCUGCAGCAGCUGCUGGAGCAUGGCAGUUGCGCCCACCAGUCGCUGAUCAUCCAGCGGCUUUUAAAGAGUGUUGCCCUCAUUGGAUCGGACUCCAAUGGUGUGGCGGUGCUUCUGAAGGCCCUGGCGAAUGGAUCUCAAGAGGAACGAGUGCAGCUGGCUUUGGCCUUGAACCUGGAACCAGGCCUCAUUCUCUCCAUCGCCAGGAGCCGCUAUGGCCAUGCCGUUGCGCAGCUAGUGGUCAACUACUUGCCGGAGCCGCAGAAGGUGGAGCUUUGCAGAGAAGUGGCGGCACACUCGGAGGAGUUGCGUGCCUCGCGCUAUGGCCGACUCGUGCUGAACAACCUUGAAUCGCAUGGCAACCCGACGGACAUCGACGUUUCGUUGCAAAGUGAUGAGGAUGAGUGA